CUACUUCUACUGCUACUGCUACUACUAGUUAGUUCAGAGAGCAAUAAAAUAAGAACGAUGGGUAGAAAUCCUCGGUGUUCUAAGGAUGGACUGAACAAAGGGGCUUGGAUGGAAGCAGAAGACAAGUUGCUCUUGGAUUACAUCAAGAACCAUGGUGAAGGCAAAUGGAGUAAUGUUGCUAAAGAAACAGGUCUAAAGAGAUGUGGAAAGAGCUGCCGGCUUCGUUGGAUGAACUAUCUGAGACCUGAUAUCAAAAGAGGCAGCAUUUCAGAUGAUGAAGAAGAACUAAUCAUCAGACUCCAUAAGCUCCUUGGAAACAGAUGGUCUCUAAUAGCAGGAAGACUUCCCGGGCGAACAGACAAUGAAAUCAAGAAUUACUGGAACUCCAACUUGUCCAAGAAAAUGGCACAAGCCGCUCAGACUUCAUCUCUGUCCAAAUGCAAUAUCAUUCUCCAUAAAACCCCUGACCAGACGCAGCCACAGCAACAAUUCAGUAGGGCCAACACUGUCUUUCCACCGCAGCUUCCACCUACUACAACUGCUGGUACGGCCGGUCCGGUAGUACAUGAUAGAAGGCUUGAUGAUUUCUCUAAUAAUGAAGCCAUGAAUAAUACCAACGACUUGGUCAAGGCUAUUAACUCUGUCGACUCACAAAUGACCAGCGAAGAUGGUUCAGCAUCCACAACAGCUACUACAAAUACCACCGGCGACGGUGAUGAUCAUUUGGGAAGUUCGCCAACGAAUUUUAUGAUUGAUUUCAACACUGAUGAUCAUGAGGACUUCUGUAAGAUCCUGGACUGUGACUUUGGGAAUCUGAACAAUGCCAUUGAUGGAGAUGAUGAUCGUCACGGCAGUCCGGUUUUGGUACUACCUAAGCAGAUGAUGGACAAGAAUAUUCAGGCUGCUGAUUUUGGUUCAUUGGCAUCAUUUCUGGAGUCCGAUGAUGAUUGGCUUGGUGAUGAUCUAAAUGUCAUGUUGAGUUAAUUAUCUUUGUGGUUGUACGAUAUCAGACAUCUACAUAAAACGUGUGUGAGCUUUAUUGCUUCCCAUGAUGAGCUUCUAGAUUCAGUAGUUACUAUUUAGAUUUUUUUUUGCUGUAGCUAGCUAGGCCCUCAUCAUGUUUAGUUGGAAUGGUGUGAAUAAAACCUAGUAAUAAGUGCCACCAAAUCCCA